GGUGGGAAUUGUUUGUAAUUAAACACCCUUGUCACACAAGAAAUUAUAAUCCAAGUUUCAAAAUGGGGGUUAGAAAAAUUGUAAGUGUUGAUGUGAUACCCAAGAUCAACGAAAAGUUUCCUUCCGAUGAUACCCUCUUUCUUAAGUUUGCUAGCUCCGAUUUGGAUAGCGAUGGGCAAGAAAAGGCAUUGAUCGAAGGUGUGGCAAAAAUACAUAAGAAAUCAGAUCAGAAGUACAAUUACGCUGCCAAAAUUGAAGUUCCAGAAGGUUUUGGAGAGAUUGGAGCUGUGAUUGUCGAACUGAAAGAAAAAUCUACUGAGAGAUUUAUCGAUACUAUUUUUGUUACGAAUCUGGGCGGAUCGACGAUCGUGCAAGGAGAGACCGAUGGCCUUCCUGGACUGAUUAGGCGUAUAUAUACAUACUUAGUUGUUCUGUUUUCUAUCAUAAGACUUGUUUUUGAUUCAGUGAUUAGGUGCACAAAAUUGUGGUUUCGUGCCCCCCCACAGCAGGCUUCAACGACAGUCGGAGGUUUGGGUUCGCCACUGCAUGCAAACUGCUCAACAUCUCAAAACUCAGUUACGUUCAGCUGCAAUUCAUGGGUUCAACCCAAAAAUCUUAUUCCUGACCAACGCAGGAUCUUCUUUUCCACUAAGUCCUGUUUGCCGGGAGAAACACCAGCCGGAUUGUUGAAACUGAGAAAAGAAGACCUUGCAAAUCUAAGAGGUGAAAUGAAAGAUGGAACAACAGAUAAGAAUGAGCGUAAGCCAUUUGAAAGAAUUUAUGAUUACGAUGUCUACAAUGAUCUCGGAGAUCCUGACACAGACACAAAAUGGUCAAGGCCUGUUCUUGGUGGUUCGGAUGAGUAUCCUUACCCUCGACGUUGCAGAACCGGUCGUCCUCCUGCUGUGUUGGAUCCAAGUUCAGAACGAAGAGUUGAGGGAAGCUUUUAUGUUCCAAGAGACGAAGCAUUCUCAGAGGUGAAAGAGAAAAUGUUCCCAAUGAACGCAGGAAAGAAAGAUAAGUUGGGAAACAACCCUUUUCCCAACUUCACUGAAGUUGAUUUAAUGUUCAGAGAUGGCAUUGAAAUCCCUCCCUCUUCUCACGACAUUCUUAAAUUUAAUAUAAUCGCCACACUUAAUUCAUCAAAUGAUCAACCCGCCCCACCUUCUGUUGAUCAGUCAAAUAUCAUUCAACCGGACAGCACCAAACUUAGAUUCCCUCCACCUGAGAGUCUCAAGAGAGACAAGUUUCUUUGGCUUAGUGAUGGUGAAUUUGCAAGACAAACACUUGCUGGUCUCAACCCUUAUUGUAUACAGUUGGUCAAGAGCUGGCCUUUGAAGAGUGAGCUUAACCCUCAGGAUUAUGGACCUCAAGAAUCUGGAUUUACCACUGAAUUAGUUCAAAAAUUAAUAGGAGGUUUCAUCACAGUUGAGGAGGCAAUAGCGCAAAAGAAAUUGUUUGUAUUGGAUUACCAUGAUAUUUUAAUGCAAUAUGUAGAGAAAGUAAGAAGCAUUAAGUGGACAACACUAUAUGGAUCAAGGACAUUGUUUUUCCUAAACUCAGACGAUACUUUGGAGCCCUUGGCAAUCGAGCUGACUCGCCCACCAAUGAAUGGAAAGCCCCAAUGGAAAAAAGUUUACUCACCGAGCAUUGAUCAUGCCACAGAUAUCUGGCUAUGGAGACUGGCUAAAGCCCAUGUUCUUGCUCAUGAUUCUUGUGUUCACCAACUCGUUGUUCACUGGCUUAGAACUCAUUGUUGCAUGGAGCCAUAUGCAAUUGCCUUAAAUAGACAAUUGAGUACUAUGCAUCCAAUCUAUAGAUUAUUGCAUCCUCAUUUUCGAUUCAACAUGCGUAUCAACUCAAAUGCUCGUGAAAUUCUAAUCAAUGCCGGAGGCAUCAUUGAGAGCACAUUCUCUGCUAGAGGUUAUUGCAUGGAAUUUAGUUCUUUGGUGUAUAAGAAAGAGUGGCAAUUUGACACACAAGCACUGCCCGAGGACUUAAUUCGCAGGGGAAUGGCAGAAAGAGAUGAAAAGGCACCACACGGUCUUAAGUUGGCCAUAGAAGACUACCCUUUCGCCAAUGAUGGUCUAAUUCUAUGGGACGCCCUGGUGGAAUGGAUGACAGAGUAUGUGAACCAUUAUUACCCAGACGACAAAGCUAUAAAGAAUGAUAAAGAAUUGGAAGCUUGGUGGAAUGAAAUAAAGGAAAAGGGGCAUCCAGAUAAAAAAAAUGAAGUAGGGUGGCCUACACUAGAAACCACCAAAGACCUUAUUCAGAUUGUGUCAACAAUAGCAUGGGUAGGAUGUGGACACCAUUCUGCCGUCAACUUCAUUCAAUACGCACAUGCAGGCUAUUUUCCUAGCCGACCCAGCAUUGCAAGGAUCAACAUGCCUACAGAGGACUUUGACCUAAUUCCAGAAAAGUUAAUAAACAACCCUGAAAGUGUGAUGCUUGAAGCCUUCCCUUCAAUAGCUCAGGCUUCUACCGUGGCACAAACUAUGUUGAUAUUGUCUGCCCACUCUCCAGAUGAGGAGUAUAUUGGGAAGAAGAUAGAGCCAGCCUGGGCUGAGGACCCGAUGAUAGCCAAAGCCUUUGAUAAGUUUAAAAUGAAGUUGGAUAAGCUAGAAAAGACCAUCGACCAAAGGAAUGAGAACAGUGAGUUGAAGAAUAGGCGUGGAGCUGGACUUGUGCCUUAUGAGGUUCUUAAACCAACCUCAGGUUCUGGGGUCACAGGGAAGGGAGUCCCGUACAGUGUUUCCACCUGAACCACAUGAUCCUCUCGCCUUCCAACUUUUGCCUUUCAUUUGAAAUAAUAAGACGCAAUGCAAUUUGUUCUUGUUUGUCUUUUUCUCUCAUGCAUGGUUUUAGUAAAACCACUAGGUUAGAUUUCUACUAUUUUUAUUUCAUCAUCCUUAUUUUGUUAGUUUUGUGAUAUGGCCAAAAUUUGGAAUGUUGUUGCUUUUUGAGAUAAAAUAAAUUAAAAUAAAUAAAAAAAUACAUUUUUGAGUAA